AUGAAAGAGCAGGGAAGAAUGGCAGAAGCAAAGUAUUGGAAGUGGCUGUUGGCGGACGACACGGGAGUAACCGAGCUCGCACACCUUCUGAUCGCGACGUGUGGCCUUUCAAGCACAGAACAAGAAGAGCUCGCAUGGAGUUUGCUCGCCAUCAUCGGCUCACUCAAGUCAAGUGUCGCACGCAGGAGCGUACUCUAUGGCACUCUCUGGCGCCAGUGCCCGAUGGAAUUGCAAAUGCCGCGGCAUGGAAAUGCAGUUGCCUACAGUAUCUCAGCGUCGUCCGCGGGUGUGGAGGUCGAUCAUGAAAAUCUGCACGUCAAAGGCAGCGGAGGCGGGCAGCAUGUCGAAUGGGCCUUCUUGGAGUCGCUGCUCGUACAGCUGGACUCGUGCUGGUUCGGGGCGUCGCAUGGUGAAGGAAAUGGGCUCGUGGAGCGGCAUUUGAAUCUCUGUUCGCUGUCCCUGCACAUGGCCAGUCUAAAGGCUUCGACCACGGGCUUCAAACUUCGGUCCAAGUCGACGGCCGCUGUCAAUCCUGGCCCAGGCGUUUCGCCAGGCGGAGGAGAUGCACAAGCCUGUGUCGCAGAUGUCCAGCGGCAAGGGGAGGCAUUUCACACAUGCAUACUACAUGGGCCGUCAGCGCUCUAUCAGGUAUGUAUUGCGCAAGAACGAGUGGACGAGAGCGUCGCGUACCGUAUCGCUCGCCAAGCGAAGAGGGAGAUGCUUCUCAUUAUUAUUACAACCAGCCCAGCGCAGCGGAAAGUUCGCACCGAACUCAGAAGCUUCAAGCGUCCACGGAACCAAUGA